AUGGCAUGGAAAGUGUUCGCUGUGGUGGACCCGUUGCCAGCGAACACUACGUCCACUUGCCAGUCCCUCGACGUAAACGUGAUGGGCCCGCUGAAGUCGGCCCUGCGCAGUACAUGGGCUUACCGCAAAAGCCCCAAAACGGCAAAAGAAAAGCGCCUUGAUAUUAUCGAACGCACUAUCAUAGCCUGGAACAGCCUUGAUGAGGACAUUGUAGUUGAGAGUUUUGAAAAGGCGCUUCCUCAGCACUUUGAAGGUCUGGAAUUCUUGUAG